AUGAAGAUGAAAACAAUGUUGAGAAUUGUUGGGUUUCACAAUGGGUGUCCUGAAUACGUGGCCGCCAUCGUGUGGAAUGGUCGUUUGAACUGCCACUGUAGCACCAUCAUUACUGAGACACAUCUGACGUGCGGCCCGUCAAAUCAGGCAGUGUGGCAGGUCAGAGUGGUCGUUGUACCUGAAUGUUCUCCCGAUCUGAAGCCUGUUGUAGGUCAGAAAUUCCAAUCCUUGGAAUUCGCUUUCGCUUGCUACGAGGUAUAUGCCCGCGCUGUUGGCUUUGAUACGCGCAAACAAGCUAUGAGGAAGGUUGAUGAUGUCACGACGUGGUAUCGUGUUGUAUGCAAUAGGGAAGGAAGGAAGAAGGGUGAUGAAGAUGACCAGUUGAAUGCACGUUCUGGUUUCACUAUCAAGCGUAGGAAGUUAUCUAAGCGGUGUGGUUGUACGGCUAGUAUAUCGUUUAGGUAUUUCUCGAAAGAUUGCUUGUCAGGUUACAUAAUUGAGGAGUUCAACGAGAUUCAUAACCAUCACAUGGUUGAAACGGAACAUCAACAAUUCAUGUCAAGUAAUCGGAAGUUGGAUGAUGUACAUCAUAAAUUCAUCCUCGACUGUUCCAAGGCUAAUAUAGGACUCACGCUCACAUUUAAGUUAUUGAAGGAAAUUCUUGGUGGGUUUGACCUAGUUGGUUGCACUGUUGGGGAUAUCAGGAAUGUCUCACGGGACAUCAAAGCAUACGCACAAGGAUUUGAUGUACAAAUGGUGUUGGAUGAUAUGGCUAAGAAGAAGGACAUGUCCGAGGCGUUCACCUAUCACUACGAAGUUAACGAAUUCGAUCAGUUGGUUGCUCUGUUUUGGUGCGACGGUUUGAUGAAGCAGAAUUACCACAUGUUUGGUGAUAUUGUGUCCUUCGACUCCACGUACAACACAAACAGGUUGAAACUAACUAAUGUGUUGGUUACCUUGUAG